AUGGACUUCCUUGAGGAGCUAAGAGCUAUUGCGAAUGAAAAUGAACUGGCCAAUAGUCGUACAAGCGGGCCGGACGAUGGGGUUCCACUCCACAAGAAGUUGGAACGAGCGUUUCCCCGAAACCCGUCGGUGAUCGGCGAUGAGUCCGAAUAUCCGAAGGAGAGAAGUCGUGAUUUGAUGCUGAGACCGAUCUACAUCAAUGGUGUUGAGGUGGGAUAUUCGUAAGUUGAUUUUUUUGAGUUUAAGACACUAGGAGGACUUUUUUGGCCAAAGCUUGAAUUUUUUUUGAAUUUUUGAAAACGACCGAUUUUUGAUUAAAAAUUGAAAAAAAUGAAAUUUUUUUUUAGAAAUUUCGAUUUUCAAUUUUUUUAUAAAAAUUUGAAAUUUUGAUUCUUAAUUCAUUUUUUUUAAAUAUUUUUAAAAUUUUUCAAUUUUUUUAUUUGUAGCUAUGGCGAAGCGGCCGGAAAAAAGGGAGUUCUCAGCGUACGCGGCUGCGUCAUCACCCUAUGGUACUUCAUUCUGCGCGGCCACGAUGUGAAAGUCUUUUUCCCGAACUGCUUUCGACGCUAUGCGGACAAGACGGACGACUUUCAACUCCUCAACGACCUGAUACGAAUCGGAUUGGUGCAGUUCACUCAAGGCCAGGGCCAGGAGAAAUACAAUGAGCUGAGCCGUGUGUUGGCGGCGAAUGCGAGGCGGUUUGGAGGAUGCAUUGUGGCGUGUUCGUCGUUGCGGAGAGUCUUUGAGGAGAAUCAGAUCUAUCAGCGGAUUGUGCAGAAGAGGGUGCUGGUCCCUUGUUUCGUGGGGAAUGAGGUGCUGUUCCCGGCGGACGGCCCGGAGGGAAGGGCUGGAGUUCGGUUUAGUGUGAGUUGAUUUUUUUGAAAACUUUGACCAAAAUCAUAUUAUUUUUUUUAUAAAGAUCGACCGGUUGAUAAUUUUUUUUCUAUUCACAAAUUUCAAGCCUUAAAAAAUUUCAAUUUUCAAGGUUUUCAGUCCAUUUUCUCGGCAGAGAAAGACUUGACACAUUUUUGUAAUUUUGAGUCAAGUCUUCCUCUCACUGGAAUUUACCCAUUUUUCAUAUUGAAAUAUAACCAUCACAACAAAAAUUGCCGAAAUUUCAGCGCACAAUUGUCGCCAUGCCGGAGGACGAGGACUAUGAGGCCGCCAAAGGCAUGCAAAUGAAGAUCGAAUAUCAAGUGCGGGCUCUGGGUCAGCUUCGCCAUCUGCAUCCGAAUGGUCGUAAGUGGGAUGUUUUUUGCCGCCAUCUCUAAUUUUCAGGUAAUUUAUUGGCGGUGAUUGAGCGACUCAACGAAUAUAUGAAAAGUAAUCGGCCGGCCAGAACGGCGUGUCGGCCGAAUUCGUUCAAUUCGGAGCCCAAUUUUGGAGGGUUAAGCGGGUAUCCGGAUGGAUUUGAAAGGCCACAACUAUGUGAAUCAACGGAGUUUCUUCCAAGUCCGGGAAGAUUUCAAGGUAUAUUUUUUGGAUUUUUCGCCAAAAAAAACAAAAUUUUAGUCAGAGCAAGGGCGCAGCUCGGGAAAAAUAUCUUUGAAAUGAGCCGAAUUUCUUUACCGAUUUUUUACAUUUCGUUUUCUUUUAUAAAAGGGGAAUUUCUAUCUUUUUAAAUUUAGUUUCCAAAAAUUUAGUCAAUCCUAGGGCGCAGCUCGUCAAAAAAAUUUUUUUUUGAGUCCGCUGGAAGAUAAUUUUUGUCCAUUUUUUGCAUUUUGCAUUAUUCUGAAGCAUUUUCAUGACGUUAAAAACACUUUUUUAGCACCAUCUCCAUCUAUGAAUCCAUUUCCGAAGCCUCGGAUCCGUCGCCCUCAUUCCACCCUUGACGAGUUCCCUUCGGGCUAUGGUAACUCGAGACGAGCAUCUCCAAUUGCAUUCGCCCCAUUCCCAGCAAAUAACCGAUUUGUGAACUCGUCGCUGAACUCGUCCACGAAUCCAUCAUUGAGCCGCCAAACUCGCCGACCCACGAACCCUUCAACGCAACCGUCAAUCGCGCCAUUUUCAUCGAGAAGACAGUUCUCCGACUCCCGCUACAAUCGCGAAGCCGAGCCUCGGUCCUGUCGAAAAGAGCUGGAAAGAGUGCCGGCCAACCGAAGCCGCGCGCAGUCCUAUCAAGUCGGCGACGAAGAAUACGUGGUCUACUCGUAUGUGGGCGGAAAACGAGAGGAAAGACCGAAAUUUUACUAG